AUGGCUAUUCGAAGAUUCUGCCCUGAAAGAAUGGAUCAAGAUCCUGAUUUGAAAGAUUAUUUAUUUGAAAUUGAGACAUGGUCUUCUUCCUUUGAUUCUAGUAGUCCUCCAUGCUCGGGGUGCGAUGAUGAGGACUCUAGCUUCAUCGAUAGCGUCAUCAAUACGAGCCUAUUUGAAGAAUUACCAGAAAGUACAGACAAUGGGUUUGCUAGUUAUUUAGAAGAUACGACAAUGCAGCCAGUUCUAAUGGACAAUGCUGAUCCUGAUACUGCUCCUGCAUCAAUCAACGAAGGACUAGAACUGGUUCACUUGCUUCUAGCUUGUGCUGAGGCAGUUGCAUGUCGAGAUACAACCCUUGCUGCCUCAAUAUUUAGCCAAAUCUGGCCACUAGCAGACCAAAAUGGCGAUUCGUUAAAAAGAGUUUGCUUUCACUUUGCUGUAGGAUUAAAAUCCAGGCUCUCCCUUCUGCAAACUGUUGGUGUAAGUGGUUCUUUAAACACUGCUUCUACCAAUAAGGAUAAUCCUAUUGUUACCAAAGAGGAGAAAAUGGAGGCGUUCCAUCAUCUUUAUGAGACCACUCCCUACAUUUCUUUCGCCUUCAUGGCAGCCAAUGACAGUAUCUGUCAAGCUGCUAAAGGUAAAGAUUAUCUGCACAUUGUUGAUCUCGGUAUGUCACAUGCAAUCCAGUGGCAUAAUUUGAUCCAGAUGCUUGCCUCUCACUCAGAAGGUCCACCACGAAUCAGAAUCACCGGCAUAACUUCCUCUGAUUCAAGAAUCUCCGAUCUUGAGUCUAACAUGAAGAUUCUGUUAAAAAAUGCAAACACAAUUGGAGUACACAUUGAGUUUCGUAUCAUGAAUGAGUCAUCACUCCUAACUGCCGAAAACUUGGACAUAAGACAAGGAGAAACACUGGUUUUUAACAGUAUAAUGCAUCUCCAUCGGUAUGUGAAGGAGACCCGAGGAUCUCUCAAGGCUGUGCUAGUUGCAAUCAAGAAACUGAAACCUGAAUUGUUUACUAUAGUCGAGCAGGAUGCAAACCACAAUGGGCCCUUUUUUCUUGCCAGGUUUCUUGAAUCCCUGCAUUACUAUUCGGCUGUUUUUGAUUCACUUGAGGCUAGUUUGACAAGGUCUAGUUUGCGAAGAAUGAAGAUAGAAAAUAGUUAUUUUGCCGAUGCAAUUAGGAACAUUAUAGCAUGUGAAGGAGGAGAAAGAGUAGAAAGGCAUGAGAGGGCUGAUCAAUGGAGAAGGCAGCUUGGGAGAGCAGGGUUUCAAGGGGUUGGGAUUGAAUCAGUUAGUCAAGUGAAAAUGUUAGUGUCUGCUUAUAAUUGUGAUGGUUAUACUACUGGGAGUGAGAAAGGGUGUUUAUUGUUAGGAUGGAAAGGACGGCCGAUAAUGUGGGCUUCAGCAUGGAAAGUAAACUCUUCGCAUUCUUGA